UACAAAAAACAAUAAAUGUCUUUCAUUGAUUAGAAAGUUUAUAUGACUACAUGGAAAAGCCAAGUCAUUGGUCGUGGAACCACUUCAGCCGUAAGCUACACAAACAUUAACAUGUUUUCGAACUCAUACUCCACUACUCCAACGAUCAUAAAUUAUGCCAACCUUUAGCUUGUACGCUUGUAGCAUUAAUAUGGUUGCUAAUCAAACAAUCUCUUCCACUUCCCUUUGCCAAUUUGCUUUUCAAUCCAAUCCCAGUUAGAACUUAGCUAUGCUACAUUUCAAACAAACCAUUCUCUUAGAGCUCAAGAAGCAAAAAAGCCUAGCCCUCCCUCUCAUACCAAUGAACUCAACAUGGUUCGCUAAAACGGCCAUCACCACGGCGUUCCUCGGCCGCCUCGGUGAGCUUCAGCUGGCGGCCGGCUCCAUCCUCACGGGCCUUUGUUGGGCCAUGGAGCCCAUUUGUGGCCAAGCCCACGGUGCCAAUAACCACAAACUCCUCCACAAAACUCUACUCAUGACCGUAAUCCUAUUACUACUAACUACCCUCCCUAUUUCCUUGUUAUGGCUCUACACGGACAAAAUCCUCACACUCUUUGGCCAAAACAGAGAAAUCACAGCUCUGGCUAAAAACUGUGUGUUAUAUCUCCUCCCAGACCUUUUACUUACCUCGUUUCUUGCUCCCUUAAAGGCCUACUUGAGCUCACAGAGUAAAACGCUGCCAAUUAUGUUCAGCUCAGGUGUCGCAGUAGCUUUUCACCUGCCGUUCAACAUUUUCCUUUCUAAGAUCAAGGGGAUAGAAGGCGUCGCGCUGGCUACUGCGCUGACGGAUCUCAGUGCGACGAUCAUGCUCGCUUUCUACGUGCUGGCCACGGAGUCAUGGAUCUACGAAGGAUGGUGGAAGCAGCAGCUGAGCGAAUGGACGCGACUGUUGACCCUCUCGGCUCAGUGCUGCUUCAGCGGCUGCCUCGAGUGGUGGUGCUACGAGAUUCUUAUACUUCUUGCGGGCAGAAUGGGAGACGCUCAGCGCAAUGUUGCGGUCCUGACCUUAGUCCUCAACUUCGAUUACUUGUUGUACGGUGUGAUGGUCUCGUUGUCGACCUGCGCAUCAACGAGAGUGUCCAACGAGCUUGGCCUGCCGUUCGGUUUGCUUGCGUUGUCGCCGGCGGAGUUGGUGGUUAUUGAUGGUCGUCUUGAGAGGAGAAUGGGGAUUUUUGUUCAGUCGUGA